AUGGCACAACCUAACCCUCUCCCAUUACGAAAGAGGAGCUCCUCUCCAAUUGAUCCGGACAUGUGGGUUGAAGUUGAACUGACCCCGGAGCCAUUAUCUGACGAGGUUUCAGCGGCGACGAUGCCGAGUGCGGAGGACGUGUCGAAUUGUGAUCCGAAGUCAUUUUGUCGUGGCUUCAAUGCACACUAUGGCCCGGGCGAAAUCCCUCUUCCACGUCUAGAGGAAGCACGCCGGCCCAUGUCGAGCAUUUCUUCCCUUCCCAUCGCGUUGCCACAGGAGCCAUCUCACAAUGCGCUAGCUGAGAGCAUCACUAUCGACAAAAGUAAAGAAACCGGUGGAGCUCACGGUCAAUGUCCCGAGCCGUUCUUUUCUGCUUCCGUUGGCCGCGAGUCUUCCCGGUCUCCUUCAUCGUCACACCCGUGGACCGCAAGAUGUGAGAUAGAUGGGCUCAGCUUGUCCCCCUCCGCCCCGGAGUCUUUAUCCUACGGCUGUCCGUUUCCACCCACCGAUGGAUUUUCUCCCUACUCCCGCCUUGGCCAAACUGGGAUCGACCCAGAAGCAUCACCGAAAUCCGCUGACGAAACCAACCGUGACAACUUCUCCCUGCUAUUCGUGCCACCAAUGCCAGACAAGUGCGCUCGGUCUUCGGCUUUGUCUAUCCCACCGUUUACGACGAGGUGUGUUCAGCCGACAGGCUUGCUGGGCCAUCCCGGGGCGGGCGCCAAACCGAAAAAACCCGCUUUUGAACUCGCUCAUAGCGCCCAUGGAAAAGCCUCGCUUUCACCCGAAAACUGGAAGAACCAGGGUGUCUUCUGCGAUGAGAACAUCGAGUGUCCCCCUCGACCACUGAGAAACGGCACGAUGCGGAAGACACGACCAAGACGUAGAACUUUCGCAACUGAGCCUCUGACGAAGACCAAAUCAAACGGCACCAGACGCAGACGCUCAGCCCUACCACCUUCUCAUGAGUCCGAUGAUACCUCCGGAGGCUCUGAGGAUACUCCAAGAACAUGCUCGGGUGCAGCGGAGUACAAGACGCCCGAUGGUAAAUUUGUUUGCCGUCGCAUCUGUACAGACACCCGAGUGGUGUGCGGAAAGAAGUUCCAGAAAUCGGAACGUCUGCACAGACAUUGGUCCACCCACGAAUAUUGCAAGCCUUAUCAGUGUCAAAUCUGUGAAAGAUGCUUCGGCAGAAUUGACAACUUCAUGCAGCACAUCAAAACUCACUGA